GAAGUAACGAGUAUAAGAAACAUCCUGCACUGGCGAUACUUCCCCCUCGCAUUUUGGUUCUUUCCCUUCUCUCUCCUCAUCACACCCUGCUCCUCCCUCUCACCUCCACGUCACGUAUGGACCCCCCGCCUUCUUCCGGCGGCACCGCUCCGGCGGCCACUCAGCCGCUGACUUCAGUAUACUCCAACUACGCUGACCCGGCCUUCUCCCCGCGGUCCCGCAGUGCCGACUCCUGGGAUGAACCGGCGGCCUACUCUGCCGGUCAGGGCGGAGGGAAGUUACGGGUGAUGUGCAGCUAUGGCGGGAACAUAGUCCCCCGGCCCCACGAUAAGUCUCUCUGCUACGUCGGUGGCGAUACCCGCAUCAUCGUCGCCGAUCGCAAUACCUCCCUUUCCGAGCUUUCGCUUCGCCUCUCCAAGACGCUCCUGGACGGUCGCUCCUUCUCGCUGAAGUACCAGCUUCCCAACGAGGACCUCGACUCCCUAAUUUCCGUCACCACAGACGAGGACUUCGAAAACAUGAUCGACGAGUACGACCGCAUCAGCGCCAAUUCAACCCCCGCCAGAGCUUCUCGGCUCCGGUUAUUCCUCUUUCCUUCAAAGCCUGAGGCGCCGUCGUCGAUCGGGUCGCCUAUUGAGAGCUCAACGAAAUCCGACGACUGUGUUCUCGACGCGCGUAAUGGGGCAAACUGUAGUUCAUCAAAUGCGUUCUCCGGCUCCUCAAUGGUGAAUUGCCUUCUAGGACUUGGCUACAAUGUAGGAAACCGGAACUUUAAAGACGCGGAAGGUCAAUUGGAUGGUUCCCUUAGUGGUAAACAUGGUAGGGUAAACAGUGCGAAAUUUACUUCUCAAGAUGUCCACUCGGUGCCCCCAGAUUCGCCUAUGGUGGAAAUAACUUCAUCUUCUUUCGGCUCUUCAUCAUCUUCGUCGCCUUCGUCCAUGGGGAAUCUACCGCCUCAAAGUCAGGUUCACGUGGAUGAGAAUCACAAGUUAGGGAUUGAGGAGCAGCUCUCGCAGAUGACUCUCCUGGCUGGGGCCAGGGUGGAGCAGAAGCAAAAGCAACAGCGGGAGGAGGGCGGGGGUUUCAGGGCACUGUCUUCGCCCCCGGCUCCACAGUCACCUCAUAUUGUUAUGGUAGGGACUGAAGAUUUCAGCUUGCAGGCGGUAAUUGUUGGCGGGGAGUAUCCCAAUAGGGGUUUCUGUGAUGGGGAGAGAUCAGAUCAAGUUGUGUACAGAAAGCCUCCACAAGCACAGCAGCCUGUGCAAAUGAUGCAGCCCAAUAUACCUGCUCCGCCUGAUUCAAUUUCAAGCGAGGGUAGUAUCACAAACCCAUUGCUUGGACAACAAAAGCAUUACAUUUAUCACGAGCCUGUAAACCAAAUUCAACCGGUGAGUAGAGCUUCAUCCAAUCCAGCUGACCUUAAGGUCGUUAGCGAUCAGAGCACUAGGCCUCCGGCUCAACAACAUGCAGUUGAGGAUUCCGUAUAUAUUUUGCCGAACCACUGUGAUCAUCAGCACCCCCAAAUGUAUCAUCAUCAACAUCAACAACAACCACACGCUCAUUCAGGACAGUUUAUCCCUGCUGGGGCUGUGCCUGUGACGUCAUAUUACCACCACCCUUUGUAUCAUUCCCAAAACCACCCUGCAUUUGAACAUCAUCAGCAUCAGUAUCCAGUCUACUUUAUGCAGGCUAGACCAACCCAGCCUUACAAUUUGCAUUCUGUUCAGCAAGCAAGUUAUAGUGAACCAGCAGUUCCUACAUCAAACCCUAUCCGCCCUCAAACACCAUCCUCGCCAUCUUUUGUCCACACACCUGCUGUUUCGACAACUUUUGCUGCCUCUAAUCCUGAAAUAGCUGCCAGAACGGCUCCACAGUGGGUUCAAAUGGCUUCUGGCCAACAUCCUCAACAGUACUUUGGUUUCUCUCAUAUGCAUCACCCACCUCAGGCUUCAGCUGCUACUACUGCCACCUAUGCUUAUGAAUUUACCGAUCAUCCUACAAAUGCACAACAAAUGUACUACACUCAGCCCCUUUCUUCCCAUAUGGUAUCAGUACGUGCGGCAGUGUUACCAGAGGCUUCUUAUCAGAUCCCCGUAGAAAAUUUCAAACAGCAGAGUUAAUGGUAAACUUCACUGCCGUGAAGGUGAGCUGCCAUCUGGACAUGAAGAAUAAUUUUUGAAGUCAUGGAGUUUGGUUGAAUUCCUGAUGAAGAAUGUUUUUGCUGCAAUUACUAUUUUGGUUGUGAUAUGUAUCAUAGAUAUUAAGAAACUUGAUUUUUCUUUUCCUUUUCCUUUUCUAUGUUAUAUGGUAUUGGGGUGUAAGUAAUAAUUUUCCAAAUUAUAUACUGCAAGUGUACAAGUCCAUCAUAGUCAUGAUGUCUGCCCUGUCUUAGAUAUCUCUUACAGAACAAUUGUAAUAUAACCGCAUAGGGCUUUUAUGUAUAUUCGAGUAAAUAGUAAAUAAUGGUUUGUAAUUUUUUUUUAAUCUGUCUGAAUCAGAAACUGUUCUUCAGGUAUUAAAGAAUAUAGUAGCAUAGUGGAGGUGGUGUAAGAGUUAUGAUCUUUACUUUUUUCCUUGACAAUGGCACAUGCCUGGAGCCCACACUAUGGGAUAGCCUUCCGUGACCAAUGCUUGAAUUCAUUGAUGAGGACUACUAAAUUCAUUGUUAAUUGCGGUAAUGCUUCCCCAGAUCCUCUGUUUCUUUAGUCCAAAAGGAAACAUCAAACCACAAUUGUCAAUUCUGUGUGGUGCCAAGUUAUGUGGCAGUGGACAGCCCAGAGAGAGUUCAAUAAUGGAUCCCAUGUUAGGAGAUUCUUGCUUGCUCUAGUGGGAAGAUCGGAUACAACUUUCAUACCAAGUGUAUGAUGUUCAAAAAAGGAAAAUUGGGUUUUUGCACCUCAUAUCUAUAUGAAAGUUAAACAUAUCUAAUUGUUCACACAAACAAAUAUUUCCUAUAAGCAGUCACACAUUGGGGUGGGCUCGACCCCGGUCCAGCCCCUAAUCCAGUCUCAAUCAUUGUUUAGAGAAGUCCGGGUCUGGGCCGGUUUCAGGUACCCAGGCGGUCCAUUCCCGGUUCGAAAUCCAGUUUCUUUAAAAAAAAAAAUAAUUUUUGUGUUUUCAAGGUGAAAAGAAAAUUUUAUAAUCGGGACCUGAACAGCCAGGUUCGGUCCCCAAAUAUGUCAACCGGGACCGGGUAUCCCUCUUGGGUGGAUAGGGUCGGUCUCAGUCCCGAAACAGGAAAAAACGGAUCUGGUUCAAUCUCAAACAGUGUCGGACUCAGUUUCAGAUUGGGCCAGACCACCGGAUCAGGUCCACCCCUAGUCUCAAAUAUGAACAAUUUGUGUCUGGGUAAAGAAAAUUUACUUGAACGUAAGCAAAAACAUUGGUGUGCAUACCCUUCCGUGUAAUUUGCAUAAACAUGUUGUUAUGUGCACAAAAACCACUGAGUAAUAAUUAAUCUAAAAGACAUUAGUUACCCGAGACAAACAUUAGUAGUAUGUGACGAGACAUUUAUUGUCGAUUUAAGUGUAAGUCAAUGUGUAUGUCAAACAUUGUAUUAGCUGUUUUUCUCUUCUCUCAACAUAACUUUAGACCAUACAAAUUUCACUUUUUUAAUCCUCGUGACAAGUCAAAACAUGCUUUAAUAAGUAGGGUUACUUUAAUACAAC